AUGGAGUUUCUCUUUGUGGGUUCCCGCCAACAGUUGAGCAAGGUACAACUUGAAUCAGUCACUGUCCAGGAUUCUGAAAUCAGCGUCCGCAAUCUCGUGGCAUGUUUGAUGGGCAUUCAUGUGAGCAAAGUCUGCAGUAAAGCCUUGCGCGAUCUGUAUUCCAUCAGACCGAUCCGAAAAUAUCUAUCGGAAGAUGCUACCAAAGUCCUGGUUCACGCCAUUGUAACAUCUCGUCUUGACUAUUGCAACUACCUGCUCUUUGGUUUUUAACAUACCAACGUGAUCCGUUGCAGAGGAUUCUUAGCAGCUGCAGCUGCCCGCAUUGUCUGCUUGGUACCCAAGUUCAGUCACCACACACCAGCCUUUAUAAUCUACAUUGGUUACCAGUGCCCUAGUGCCUCCAGUGCUACCCGUCCACCGAGCUCUCGUUGGUGUUGGCCCUGUUUACCUAAAGAAGUUUCUAAGAUUCAAGGAAAGUGGUCCCUACAAUUUAAGAUCCAAUGCCAACUGCGAAUUAAAGGUCCCCAAAACAAAGUGCGAGACGCAUGGGGACAGGGCCUUUUCGCACUUGUUGGCCCCUUACUGUGGAACACUCUCCCUUCAGCUAUCAGGAGUAUCUGGAGUGUUCAGGGUUUCAAGCAGGCUCUAAAGACCUUUUGA